AGAGGCAGGUUGGGAGGGGAAGUUGGGAGGGAGGAGGCGGAAGAGUUGCUGUCGGAGGGGGGAGGAGGGAGGGAGGAAAAGAGGAGGAGGCGGUGGAGAUCUGAGCAGAGCCGAGCAUCGAGCUAAGGGGGAGAUGAGUUUGUCUGUCCUCAGCUGAGGCUCCGGCCGGGCCUAGGGAACUGGGAGCUCGGGUUGGAGCGACACCCGUGGAAGUGGGAGGAGGUGGCUCUGGGACUUUAACCCCUUGUGGGCUCUGCGGCAGGGGAUUUAACCCUUUGUGGAUUCGGCCCUCGGAGGCAGCGUCAUCGGGUAGUUUUAACCCCUUCGGGGCUGGGUUUAACCCGUUGGACUUAACCUCAUCUCCUUGCCCACCAACUCGAUUGUGGGGGCGCUCUGCGGGGAGGCUUGAGGUCCACCCCCUUUGCACAUUACGUACUGUUACUGCUGCUGCACCCCCUUGGACCCGCUAGCUGGCCGCGCUGUGGGCACUUAACCCUUUACUGACUUGAGCUCUCCCAAGUUGCAUUUGGAGUUUGUUUACAGAAGGACUGGCUAAAGGCGUCACUGAAGCAAUUCCAGACCGAAGAGGACUCUGCUGGACAUUUUUAAAAGGAAAGGAAACCUUCUCUUCUCCUUAAGGACUUACAGCCAAAAUUUUUCAAACUUCGAGAAGAGGACUCUAUUAGCCAUGGCCGAGCCACUCUUGUCAGAAUACCAGCACCAGCCUCAAACUAGCAACUGUACAGGUGCUGUUGCUCUUCACGAUGAGCGGAACCCCGAUCGCCCCCCAGGAGCGGAGGAGCGGGUGCCCGAGGAGGACAGUAGGUGGCAAUCGAGAGCGUCCCCCCAGUCGGGUGGCCAUCCGGGGCAGGAGGGGGAAGGGAGCUUGGAGCCGCAGCCGCCUCCCCUGCAGACCCCGGUCCGUCCAGAACCUAGCUGUCCGCAAGCAGGCAAGAAGGGCCAGAAUGGGGACGACUUGUCCGCUGGCGGAGCCCCCCCGCCGGAAGCUGCGGGGGAACCGAGGCCCGAGGCCGAGUCUCUCGCACAGCCUUGUCAUGAUUCCGAGGCCAACAAGUUGGGGGCUCCUGCUGCAGGGGGCGAGGAGGCGUGGGGACAGCAGCAGAGACAGCUGGGCAAGAAAAAACAUAGGAGACGCCCCUCCAAGAAGAAGCGGCAUUGGAAACCGUACUACAAGCUGACCUGGGAAGAGAAGAAAAAGUUCGACGAGAAACAGAGCCUGCGAGCUUCAAGGAUUCGAGCUGAGAUGUUCGCCAAGGGCCAGCCUGUCGCACCCUAUAACACAACGCAGUUCCUCAUGGAUGAUCACGACCAGGAGGAGCCGGAUCUCAAAACCGGUCUCUACCCUAAGCGGGCCGCUGCCAAAUCCGACGACACCAGCGACGAGGACUUCAUGGAAGAAGCGGGCGAGGAGGAUGGGGGCAGCGACGGGAUGGGAGGAGACGGCAGCGAGUUUCUGCAGCGGGACUUCUCGGAGACCUACGAGCGGUACCACGCGGAGAGUCUGCAGAACAUGAGCAAGCAGGAGCUUAUCAAGGAGUACUUGGAGCUGGAGAAGUGCCUCUCACGCAUGGAGGACGAGAAUAACCGGCUGCGGCUGGAAAGCAAGCGGCUGGGCGGCGACGACGCGCGUGUUCGGGAGUUGGAGCUAGAGCUGGACCGGCUGCGCGCCGAGAACCUCCAGCUGCUGACGGAGAACGAACUGCACCGGCAGCAGGAGCGAGCGCCGCUGUCCAAGUUUGGGGACUAGACUGAAACUUUUUUGGGGGAGGGGGCAAAGGGGACUUUUUACAGUGAUGGAAUGUAACAUUAUACACAUGUGUAUAUAAGACAGUGGACCUUUUUAUGACAAUAAUCAGAAGAGAAAAUCCCCCCCGGCUUUGGUUGGUUUGGUAAAUUUAGCUAUGAUGUAGCUUGCGUGCUUUUCUCCUGUUCUUUAAUUAUGUGAAACUGAAGGGUUGCUUUUCUUGUUUUCCUUUUUAGAAGUUUUUUUUUUUUUAAUGUGUAAGUAACUUGACCAAGUUAUAAUGCAUUUUUCUGUUAAAAAUCCCAUCCUUAAACGGAGCUAAGGUGGCCAAAUCUGAGAAUUAAAUUCAUUCUAGCUAUAAUAAAUUUAAUAUUUGUAAAUGUAA